AAACCUUUUUCUUUCUCCUUCUCUUUAGUCUUUACCUUCUUACACAAAGUAAGUUUUUUUUUUCUUCGAUUUGUUGAUCCACCACUUUGGUUUCGAUUUUUGUCUUUAAUGGUCAUUUGAAAUCAUAUAGAGAGAGAGAAGCUAAAACAAAAGGAUUUGAAGUGGGGAAGAAGAAAGGAGUUGGUAAAGAUUGGAUUUUUAACUGAGAAAAUACACAAAAAGGAUGGGGUUUUUUUUUCCUUCUUUUUUGGGAAGUAAUUCUUGAACAAUUAUCUUUAAUUUUGGGCUUUAAAUUCUGGGUUUUAUUUGAAUUUUCUUGGGUAUUUCUUUUUUCUUUUUUGGAUUAUGGGUGGGUGUUUUCCUUGUUUUGGAUCAUCAAACAAGGAAGCUAAUAACAAUAACAAUAAUGGUGGAACCACAGUUAAAGAACUGAGCAAGAAGGACUCAACUAAAGAUAGCUCAGUUCCACAGUCUCAACAUGUUAAUAGAGAUAAAUCGAAGUCUCGAAAUGGUUCUGAUUCUAAGAGGGAGCUACCUGUAGUGCCUAAAGAUGGACCGACGGCGAAUAUUGCAGCACAAACAUUCACUUUCCGAGAGCUUGCCGCCGCUACAAAGAACUUUAGACCGGAAUGUCUAUUAGGAGAAGGUGGUUUUGGACGUGUUUAUAAAGGCCGCUUGGAGAGUACAGGACAGGUUGUUGCUGUCAAACAGCUUGAUAGAAACGGGCUACAGGGAAAUAGAGAAUUUCUAGUCGAAGUUCUUAUGCUUAGCCUCUUGCACCACCCAAACCUCGUCAACUUGAUUGGUUAUUGUGCUGACGGAGACCAACGCCUCCUUGUUUACGAGUUUAUGCCUUUGGGUUCAUUGGAGGAUCACUUACAUGAUCUUCCACCGGACAAGGAACCUUUGGACUGGAAUACAAGAAUGAAGAUUGCAGCCGGUGCAGCCAAGGGAUUGGAAUACUUGCACGAUAAAGCUAAUCCUCCUGUUAUAUAUAGGGACUUGAAAUCAUCCAACAUCCUUCUUCAUGAAGGAUUUCACCCUAAAUUAUCGGAUUUCGGGCUUGCGAAACUGGGACCCGUCGGUGACAAAACCCAUGUGUCUACACGUGUGAUGGGUACUUAUGGUUAUUGUGCGCCGGAAUACGCAAUGACCGGCCAACUUACCCUAAAGUCUGAUGUGUAUAGUUUCGGUGUGGUCUUUCUUGAGCUUAUCACGGGGCGCAAGGCCAUUGAUAAUACACGUGCUCAUGGAGAGCAUAAUCUCGUUGCAUGGGCACGGCCACUUUUCAAAGACCGCAGGAAGUUCCCAAAAAUGGCUGACCCGUUACUCCAUGGUCAUUAUCCAAUGCGAGGCUUGUACCAAGCUCUUGCAGUUGCUGCAAUGUGUUUACAAGAACAAGCUGCUACAAGACCUCUAAUAGGCGAUGUUGUGACAGCCCUUACGUACUUGGCAUCACAAACCUACGACCCAAAUGCUCCUGGCAAUCAAAGUAACAGAGUUGGUCCAUCGAUUCCAAGACCCAAGGAAGAUGGAUUGGACAGCCCGAAAGAGCACAGCCAUAGAAAUUCACCUGAUUACAGGAAGAGGAAUCACGCUAGGGAAUCAAGCCUUGGAGCAGAGUUAGGUAGGAACGAAACCAGUGGUGGAUCAGGAAGGAAAUGGGGUUUAGAUGAUUCAGAACGGCACGAGUCUCACAUAGACAGCCCUCUGAAUACUUCAAGACCAAGGGAACGUAAUCGUGACCUUGACAGGGAACGCGCCGUUGCAGAGGCUAAAGUAUGGGGCGAGAAUUUGAGGGAGAAAAAACGAGCAAACGCAAUGGGAAGCUUUGAUGGUACAAACGACUAGUGUUGCUGAAAUCCUUUCCAUUUUGCUCUUUCGAUGAAAAAACAUGUUGCAUCAUUUCAAGGAUCGUCAAACGUGGAAUCCUUACUUCAAGUCUCCAUUUCUACCUGUUAUCCAAACUUCAACUGUUGUUUGCUUUUGUCCUAUAAUCAUCCUUGUAGUUAAGGGAAGAAGCACCACAAAGAGAGGACCAAGAGCGGUUGAUCAAUUUCGGGGAUUAACAGGUAAUGUUGGUACUUGUAUGCAACAUGUUAAUCUAUGUUUCUAGGGCCUUUUUUUGUUUUAGAUUCAUGUUACAGAAGAUAUUGAGAUUCAUGUGGGUUUUGUGUGGGGUGUCUCUCUAUUGGUGUUUGCAUCUUUUGUAAUGGUACAGUUCUUUCUUAUGUAUGGAUUUGUGAGUUAGCUCUGUUUUCAGCUUAUACAAAGAGUUUUCAUCAUUAUGUUAA